AUGCCAAUUAAACCAAUUAAAAGGAGAAUCUACAGUGCUUCGACCAAUUAUAAAGAAAAUAAUAAGUCAGUUAUCAAGGAGCACAAAGACCAGCAAAAUGAUGAAGAAAAAAAGUAUGCUAAAAUAAAAAAUCAAAGAAAUAAGAAAUCGAAAGCGGACGUGAUGAAAUUCACGAUGAAACUAACAACAAUAUACAUCGAUAGUAAUAGGAACGAUGAUACGAAAAGGAUCGGAGACGACGAUGACGAAAAUUUGGUGGUAAUUGUGGACGAUGAAGAUGACAACAACACGGUAAACAAUCCUAGUAACAACGACGAUAUCGACGAGAACUUGAACGAAUGGUUAACUCGCUUGAUGGAGUCUCAAAGCAAAUUUCAGGCUGUUGCAGAUGCCGCAUCACAAAUAGCAGACGGAUUCGAGAAAUUUGCAAAUUCUAUGUCUCUUCUUUGCAAAAUGCCUUCAACGCAACAUAAUUUUAUUAUUCCUAUGAUGAACCUCGUUGGGAGUAAUUCAAUAAAUACAAAUCUAAAUCACCUCAAUAGUAAUAUUAACGAUUAUAACAACAACAUCGUUAAUAACAAGCACAAAAACCGACAGCAGCAGAACGUAAACUUAUACGAACAAGGAAUCGAACAAAGUCAAUCCAUGGACGGAAGUAAAUUCGAGCAAACAUCCGAUAGUGAAAACUAUUUCUCUUCGUAUUCGUCGUCAUCAAAGAGAAUUGAAAGUUCCUCGGCAUAUGUUUCGUCACCUUCGUCUAUAUCUUCCUAUUCUAUGUCAUCCGCCCACAUGAAUAGAAGAAUUACACGCCGUGCAUUCAACGAGGACGAUAGAAAAGGAAGAGAAUGGACUCUCAACGAACGAGCUGCUUUGACCCGAGAACUCAUCAAAUGUUACCGACGUCGAAGAAACCUCACUCAGUCACAACUAUGUGAAGAGAUUAUCUCAUGCGCAGAUCAAGAUAUUGGGAUAAAAUUAAAUAAGGUAAUCUCAGCUUACUUGAACUUAAAAUCACUUCCUAUUCGACCUUCGGUGUUGGAAGCUACUAAACGAUGGGUUGAUAAAGAGAAUGUGAAAAGACGUGCAAGGAAAUUGAGGAAUCGAAAAUCAGUUCUGUAA